AUGCUCACCCCGACCCAGAUUGAAAAAGCCCUCAUGGCUAUCAACACCAACAAAGAACUCGAAUGCCCCGAACUAGCAGACACUCUGAAGGGCGCGAGAUGGAUUCACCAGUCCAUCAACCCAUUUUUGAACGUAAAGAGCGUCAUCCAAGAGGGUCUUGAGUUUCUGGCCAACCAUAUAACGGAUGGUAUGACCCGACAACAAAUAUUGGAUUUACAACCCAAGCUCUGGUCCUUUUAUGAGAUGCAGGACUUAAUGCCCGACCUUAUGGAUAUCAUCAAGAAGUGCAAGGACAAUUCUGCCUUGAUUGGCAAAGUCAUUGAUUUGGUAUCGAGUGCUGCAGCUCAUUCGCGAUCCGACGAUCUCUUCAAGGCACAUAAGUUGAUCCCGGAGUUGAUCCUAUUUGAUCUGAGGGUCCCACUUGACCUACAGGCCUACAAACUGGCCUGUGCCAGGGUGAACCGGGGCUAUAAACACCCUGCAUACGCCGCUCUUUUAAUCCCACGUGUCAAGUUCGCCGAGCUCGCCGACCUCAAUCUUGUCAUUGCAAUCAGCGGUAAGACUUGGCCUGAGGCGAAAAGCAUUUUGAAGGCCGACCGCCUCUACGCAUUUAUUCUGACGCUUCUGUCGGGUCUUUCUGAUGACAAUACGUGGGCCAAGGAGACUGUGGCUUGGUGGCAAGAGAACAUUAUCUUACCAUCUGAGCCCGUGGAUCAUGACAAGAAGUCGUCCUCUUUGGAAGGUAGUGCACGCGACGGACGCCUCAGAGACCCGGUAGAACGGCGUAAAGCUCAAAUGGCCGCUGCGGCUCAAGCACCUGCACCUGCUCGUGCACCUGCACCCGCAUCCCCUCGUGCACCCACACCCGAACCUGCUCGUGUACCCACACCCGCACCUGCAUCUCCUCAAGCACGCGCACCCUCCUCCCACCCCGCCCUAGAUAAUGGGUCUGCACCAGCGCUAGCUAAAGCAUUUGCAGCUGUUUCACUGGCGGAACCUGUGCCUCAACAAGUCUCCCAUCGCCGAAUGGCAUUAAACGCGAUUAGGAUCCCUUCAGAAUCCCCCCCUGACCUCCCUUCUGAGGAUUCUUCCUCUCUUUCUUCCGAAAACAAACGCUCCCCUUCCCCACCAGCCCCGAUCAAGAUCAAGCUCCCUGCAAAGAGGAAAGCGGCGCCACGCCGCCCUGGUCCAAAGCGUAAAGACGCACCACCUUCAGACCCCUUCGAGACUGGGGAUGAGGCCCUGCCUACUCCCAAUUCUGACGCCACUGCCGCCGACGGUGAAGAACCACCAGCUAAAAAGGCCAAGAAAGGUGCCCAGACCAUGGGAACGCGCCAACCUAUCAAACGUAAGGCUAAGAAAUUCUGA